AUGUAUUGUCCUACUUUUCGAGUGUUGUCAUGUACAAAACAAAUUACCAACCAACUCAGGAAAAAAUCCAUAAAAAUUAGUUCCAAUUCAGAUGAAUCUCCCUUGGAUGGUGUUAGAAUUUUAGAUUUAACCAGAAUUGUAGCUGGCCCUUUUUGUACUAUGGUUUUAAGUGAUCUAGGGGCUGAAGUUAUUAAAGUUGAACGUCCAAAGACGGGAGAUGAAUGUCGUAAAUGGGGUCCACCUUAUGCAAACAACACACAAGAACCUUGUUAUUUUCUCUCAGUCAACAGAAACAAGAAAAGUAUGUGUGUUGAUUUGAAACACCCCGAAGGAAAGAGUAUAUUAUACGAUUUAGCUAAGAAGAGUGAUGUCUUGGUAGAAAAUUAUGUCCCUGGCAAAUUAGAUGAGCUAAAACUUGGUUAUGAAGAUUUCCAAAAAGUUGCACCACAUUUAAUAUACUGUUCAAUCACUGGCUAUGGUCCUGAUGGCCCUUAUAAAAAUAGACCUGGUUAUGAUGUUAUAGCAGCAUCUAUGGGUGGUUUAAUUCAUGCUACAGGUACUAUAAGUGGUGAACCAGUCAAAGUUGGAGUUGCUAUGACAGAUAUAACUACUGGUCUCUACGCACAUGGCGCCAUCAUGGCGGCUCUCAUCAAACGCUCAAGAACCGGAAGAGGCCAAAAAAUUGACUGCAAUCUCCUUUCCACUCAAAUAUCUACACUUAUAAACAUAGGCUCGAACUACUUGAACGCUGGCAAAGAGGCCAAAAAAUGGGGCACUGCACACGAAAGUAUAGUUCCUUAUGAAUCAUUCCCCACCAAAGACGGCUAUUUUACCAUUGGUACCGGCUCCGAACUGCAGUUUAAAGACUUCUGUGAACGAAUACAAAGACCAGAUCUUCCACAAAACAAAAAGUACUUAACAAAUAAUUUGAGGGUGCAAAACAGAGAAGAAUUGGUGCCGCUGUUACGAACCAUCUUGAAGGCAAAAACUAACAAAGAAUGGGCCGAUAUAUUCUUGGGAGCAUCGUUUCCAUGUGGACCGGUCAAUACAAUGAAGGACACGUUUGAAGAUCCUCAUGUUAAAGCAAUCAAUUUGGUAAAAACUUUGGAUCAUCCGGUAGCUGGUCAAAUAAAGGUGGUUGGACCUGCGGUUAAAUAUGGAGAGGGGGGAAAUUUUGUUAAAAGUCCACCACCUACAUUAGGGCAACACACCAAGCAAGUUUUAAGUGAAAUUUUGGGUUUUAGCGAUGACCGUAUUGAAGAUUUUAAACGACGUCAAAUUGUAGAAUAG